AUGGGCCUAACUUCUAACAGUGAAGGAAAUUUUGAAGUGGUUGUUGCCAAUGGUGAAAAGCUUUCUAGUUUUGGACGUUGCAAGGCUGUUUGCAUGAUGCUACAAGGAAUCCCUCUGGUGGUGGAUCUCUAUCUGUUACCGUUGGAGGGUUGUGACGCAGUUCUCGGAGUGCAGCGACUGAGCACGUUAUGCCCAAUCACAUGGGAUUUUUCCAAGUUACGGAUGGAAUUUACUUUGAAUAGAAAAGAAGUCUCAUUACAACGAUUGAAAUCAACUGAUAAUAAGGUGGUGUAUAUGGACGAGAUUAGCAAGGACAUCAAAAAAAGGGGAGAAGGGAUCUUGUUGCAGAUAUAUUUACUUUCUAUAAAAGGCACGCCAGCAACAGUGAAGAAUAAAUUUCCCAUACCCAAUAUUGACGAACUUCUGGAUGAAUUGCAUGGGCCCUCCUUUUUCACAAAGCUUGAUCUUCGGUCAGGGUACAACCAAAUUCGCAUGCAACCAGAAGAUGUUGAGAAGACCGCUUUUCGCACCACCAUGGCCAUUAUGAAUUUCUGCAAGAAUUGGGAAGACCAUUUGAAGCAUAUUGGUCUUGCACUAUCUGUUUUACGGGCUAACCAGUUAUUUGUAAAAGAGAAGUGUGCUUUUGAGCAGCAGGAAGUGAAGUAUUUGGGGCACCUCAUCAGUCACGAUGGUGCGACCGUAGAUCCAAAAAAAUUGCAGUCAUGGCCAACUAGCCUAAGCCCACAACAUUAA